GGGGGGCUAGUGGUUGGCACGAAACACAUGCACAUUCCGCGGUGGAUUAGAGAACACUUCAGCAGCCUUAACAGCUUAGAUAUCAGGAUCUGCAAACUAAGGGAGGAGGAUAUCGCUCUUCUAGGUGAGAUGCCCAACCUCCGGAUUCUCACCUUAAGGUUCGAGGUCGUCCCGAAGGAGCCGGUAGCUAUCAGCAGUGGAGGGUUCCCAAAGCUGGAUUGGCUCAACGUUGACAGCCGCGUGCCACGGGUUGCGUUCCAGCAAGGAGCGAUGCCGGGGCUGACUACACUCAAGUUCUUCUUCCAGUUCUACAGCGGCCCACCGUAUACAGAGCCUCUCGGCAUUAAGCACCUCAGUAACCUCUAUUACAUCUCCUUCCAAUACAACCCGGACUGGUAUCGAGCGGACAGCCCGUGCAUCAGGGCGACGAUUGAUGCUGUGAGGAAAGAAGCCCAGGAGCAUCCCGGAAAGAUCAGCUUUUACGUCACUGGCCGCAAGACUGAGAUUUUUCCAGAAUUCAAAAUUGAACAGCUUCCUGAAGAGAUCCAUGGCACUUCCAGCAGCGGGAUGCCGGAGUGUCUUAGCCGGUUAUCCACUGAACCCAAGAGGGGCAUUUUUUUAGAGAACAAUGGCGCACGGGUUUCUGAAGAGAUCAAUGAAGCUUCCACCAGUGAGACGGGUGAGAUUGAGGAGGACAGCGCGACCGCGCAGAUUUCCCAAGUGAACAAUGAAGCAUCCACCAGUGGGACGUGCGAGAUUGAGGGGGACAGCAAAGCUUAAUUCAUCGUCUUGCCGAGUAUUGAUGAAAUUCACAGGGUAAUCUGUCUCGCACUUACUCAAAUGUAAUAGUCCGUACUAGUUUCACUGUCCAUCAUCGACUACGGAGAACUUUCCAAACCUCCACGACCCUGUCGUGCACCUGUUUUUGCCAGCGUUACAUUUGUAUUCAAUAAUCUGCCCCGGACGGUGGACCACUGUGAUAUGUUUGAUGGACUUGUUUGCCAAA